AUGUCACUACCUAAUCAACCAGCGAUCUUUUAUGUAUCAGUGAAUGCAUUAAAGAAUGGAGAUAUCGCUACUGGUUUUCCUACCACCCUUCCAGUUUCCCAAUACUUUGAUAUUCCAGUCUUUAGUGUAAGAAAUAUGAUCUUACCUUUACUAAUGAAAGAUCCAAGUCAGAAAUCGAUUUUAGGACUCUUUGGAAACCGAUCAGAACCAGAAACGGAAGUAGAUACCUUGCACAUGAAUUAUAACGGUCACAAAGCAGUAGCAGAUCUGAUGAUUUUGUAUUUGAGAAAACAAACCUGUGAACUAAAUCGUCGAGAACAAUCACCACACACGUGGCAACAUCCUAACAAUGAUCUAUGGCCAGGUCCAGAUUCUCUAGGUCAAGUACCCAGAUUACGAUUAUUAGAUCAAUGGUCAACUGAACCAUAUCCAAUCAUCUCUCAACCAACUUGUUCAACCGUCCAAUCCUCAACUCAUCCCUUAAAACCCAUCCGAAUGACCGGAGGAUUUCAACAUGUGAUCAUCAAUGAUAAAAAGUUUUUUGCAACUGAUCAAAUUGAUAGUCGAAUCAAAUUUAAAAUUAAAUUGAUUGAAGGUCAAGUAGGAAUCUUACAUUGGGUUACACAAGAUAAAUCGUUUGGUGCAAUGAUUUGUAGUAUAGAUGGAGCUUGGUCUAAUGAUCAAAAAUGGAUUGAUGGUUAUUCUGAUCAUGGUAUGCCUUACUUAGCAUAUUCUGGAAUACUUUGGAAAAACCUUUCUCCUGGGUUUCAUACUCUAGAAUGUAAAUCAACAAGAAAUGAAAAGUUUGGAGGAGAAAAAUUUAGAUUAGUUGGAUUAACUUAUUCUUAA